UGAAGACGAGUGAGUCCCUGGUGACACAGGUCACCCUCCCCCAAUUUCCAAACAGGCUUAUUCAGUUUCUCCAAGGGUUUUGAAGCCAAAAUCUGGAACCAGAAAUGUCAGCAAUCAGAAACAAUGCGAGAUUGAUUUCAGGAACUGUGCGCUCUUUUCUCACAGGGUUUUCACCUUCCACUCCGGCACUAAACGUGUGCAGGUCCGGCACACGCGCCUUCAGCGUAUAUCCUCCUCGAUUCGCUGCAGCUUCAGAUGCGAGCCAUCUCGAGAAGAAGAUCCCGCGGCGGCGACUUGGGAAGGUUUACGGCUUCCUUCUACAAGACGAUGUCGGAUCCUACGCGAAUAAAGAAGAUAUUCCUAAGAUCACUCUAAAGCAUGUUUCUGUGAGCUUUACUGGACAAGGAGAAUCCACCAAGGUUAAACCUACUGCAGAAGCAACCGCAGCUCAUAAAAAGCGUGGGAGCGCACCCCCAAAAAAUAAGAAGGGCGGGAAGCAGAAUAAAAAUGCCAGUGCAGAAGCCAAGCCUCGUAUAAGGAGUAUUAACACAGCUGGAACCAGGGUUGUUUUGCGGUUAGAUGUUCAAAAUGCAAGUUGGUUAGGUGAAAGAGUCAGGGAAAGGAUCAUGUUGAUGGAAAAAGAUAGAAUUAAAGAUGGGAAGCUCGAGCUUACCUCAUCAAAGACUAGAAGACAAGAGAAUAACUAUGACGAGGCUGUUACAAAGAUGAAUAAGCUACUUGAAAAAUUUCAGGCUAUCAUUAAUGCUGCCGCAUAUACACCAUUACCCACUCCGAAGGAAGUGGUGGACAAGAUUGUCAACUUCCGGGCUGGGAGAGUAGACUGCUAGUGGAUAAAGUUUCCCCGUUUUCAGAGUGUGGAGGGUUAGAUUAGAUGUAAUUCGAAUGAAUGUAGAACAAAUAAUUUCUCUUUUGAGAUAGUUUAUCAUGUUGGUUGUAAUUUUAUAUUUAUUUGAUAUAGAUGGUUUAACAUCACCUCGUAUGAGAGCUCCCAUUCAGGCAUAUCAAUCCUCAAAUCAUGUGUUUGUUGUUUGGAUUCAACAGGAUUAAAUUAUUUGGUCGAGUUUAAUAUUAUCGUAUAAUGUGAAAGAUUAACAGAUGAAGUCAAGAAUCUU